UCUCUCUCUCCUUCUUUAUCAUCUCAAAACUCAAAGUAAAUUCACUUUCUUUUGCGCGCCGGACGGACGACUAAUAACGCGCACAUAAAGGAGCUGCAGUCGCUUUUCGAAACAGUCCGCGACGGAGAGAAUAUUAAAAUGGCCGUCGUGGAAAAAUUGUGUGAUCAGCUGAGAGUCUCCUCCGCUGUGAUGACGGCUCGCAAUUACUGGUGAUACGACAUACGAUAAUUCGUAUCGGUACGUCAUUUAUCAUCGGCGGGGGCACACUCGCGAAUGCUUUUGUGUCGAUCAUUGCCUAGGAUAUUCCGGAGAUGACGGACAGAUAGUAAUGAAUUUUUUAUUCUCAUGCUUAUCCGCUUUCGCCGAACGCUACCUCGCAGCAACGUCAUUCCACGCGUAUGUCGACUGAGCAGGUGGAAGGAAAAUGUCUUUGAGCGAAUAGAAUGACAAGUAUUUGGGAUUUGUUUGAUAGUAUCGUUAUUUGGUGAUAGAUUAAGUGGAACCUUGUGUGAAAGUUGCACAGUCACUCGAUAAUUUGGAAUUGCAACCAACUUUUAAGAGGACGUUGGCUGUAAUGAGCGACUCAGAACAGCGUCAACUGCACGUGCCUUAUCGAGAAUAUAAUAGUCACAAUAGUACAAAUUCUGUGACGUUAAUCGAAACCGAUGCUCUCGUUGAUUUAUCAGUAACACCAAGUAAUAACGUAAGUUUGUCUAACGGUGAUUCAGUGGCCGUAUUACCAGAAGUUGAAUUUGCUCCUACCUUAAGCAUUGAUCAACCACUGAUCAUCGAUUCUCCUGCAAUGGAUCGAGAGAAUCAGCCUCUUCUUGGUCGAUUAGAGCUGGAUGUCACGUUCAAUCGCUUUCCAGAUGAUCCACAAUUUUCAGACUUAGUAUGGCAAGCGGAAUGUGCAAUUGAUAAUGGAAUAAAUCCCCAAAGAAUAUAUCAAGGCUCCAGCGGAAGUUACUUUAUUAAAAACCUGACAGGAAAAAUAAUCGGCGUUUUCAAACCGAAAGAUGAAGAACCUUACGGUAGACUCAAUCCCAAAUGGACAAAGUGGAUGCAUAAACUGUGCUGUCCAUGUUGCUUCGGCAGAAGCUGCUUAAUUCCAAAUCAGGGUUACCUGAGCGAAGCAGGGGCUAGUUUAGUUGAUCGAAAACUAGGCUUAGGAGUUGUACCAAAUACCAGAGUUAUUAAGCUUGUCAGUAAAACAUUCAAUUAUGUGAGAAUCGAUAGAGAAAAAGCUCGAAUGAAGCAAGCCAUACUCGACCAGUUUCCGGCAGUGGCCUCACAUUUUAAUAGAAUAGGUUUGCCGCCGAAAAUCGGUUCUUUUCAACUGUUCGUCGACGGUUACAAGGAUGCCGAUUACUGGCUUCGUCGGUGGGAAAGUGACCCGCCACCGCCACAUUUGGCAAAUCAAUUUCAACUUCAAUUCGAACGUCUAGUUGUUUUGGAUUACAUUAUCAGGAAUACGGAUAGAGGUAACGAUAACUGGCUGAUAAAGUACAGCUCAAAUUCGAAUAAGAACGGAACCGAGGGAGAAGUGAAAAUUGCUGCCAUAGAUAACGGUUUAGCCUUUCCGUUUAAACACCCAGAUUCGUGGCGUGCAUAUCCUUAUCAUUGGGCUUGGCUUAGUCAAGCAAAAUUACCUUUCAGUGAAAGCACUCGUGAAUUAGUCCUCCCGCAACUGUCUGAUCAGAAUUUUGUCCAAGACUUGUGCGACGAUUUAUAUCAGUUAUUUAAGCAAGAUAAAGGAUUCGAUCGACAUCAUUACGAUAAGCAGAUGAGCGUCAUGAGGGGUCAGAUAUUAAAUCUGCAGCAAGCACUGAAAGAUACCAAGAGUCCUGUACAGCUUGUUCAAAUGCCCGCUGUCAUUGUCGAAAAAGCCAAAGGAAAUGGAGCACCCCGGCUGUUCUCAUUUUCGGACACUUUUACCCAGCGCUUCCAAAAUAAAAGUCCAUUUUUUUCCUGGUGUUGAUCAAUCUACCAAGCUUACGUUAUUUUACUCCCGCCUAUUGCCGCACCUCUCCAAUUACAUUUCCUUCCCGCCACCUCCAUUUGUCUUUUACGAGAGUCCGAAUUAGUGUCAUAAUGUCGGAAAAGUGUAUUUAAUUUUCUUAUAACAUUAAGGAUUAUUAGCUCUAUGUAAUAUU